UAAAAAAAUAGUAAAAGGAAACAAAAACAAUGCUAUGCGUGAUGCACACCCUCCCUUAUUUGCCAAUGAUGGAUCCUUCAGAAAAGUUUGAUGUCGAUGGUGAAUUGGUAGUAACUCUCCAAAGAGGAGGGUUGCUGAUUUCAAGAAGAAGAUGAAGCCUCCUGCUCCAGGGACAGGCUGUUGCUUCCCUCCUAUCUUUGGCAAGUCGCGCAGUCGCUCCGGAAGCUUCCGUCUUGUUUCUAAUUCCUCUCUUGAGUCGUCAUCAAGUAGAAGUAGUAGUGGAAGAGAGAGGUCAUCAUCAUGGUCACGUGGGAGAAGAGAUAGUAGCCGCCAUCAGCAGCAGCAUCAAAAAGCACCAAUGGUUGUGUGCUUUGGAGAAAUGAUGGUAAAUUUGGUGCCAACAGAGAGUGGAGUGUCCCUUGCUGAUGCUGUUGAAUAUAAGAAAUCCCCUGCUGGUUCUACUGCUAAUGUCGCUAUUGCAAUUUCCAGACUUGGUGCUUCUUCUGCUUUCAUUGGCAAGGUCGGAAAUGACGAAUUUGGGUAUAUGCUAAGUGAUAUUCUGAUGCAAAAUGGUGUUGACAAUUCUGGGCUUCUGUUUGAUGAAUAUGCAAGGACAAUGCUGGCAUUUUAUGCACUCAAGAGUGAUGGUGAGCCUCAGUUCUUGUUUUAUAGACACCCAAGUGCUGAUAUGCUUAUUCGACCUGAAGAACUUGAUGUCAGGCUUAUUAAGAAGGCAACAAUAUUUCAUUACAGUUCAUUUAGCUUAGUGAUGGAGCCUUCAAAGUCAUCACACCUUGCAGCAAUGAAUUUGGCUAAAAUGUGUGGCUGUCUCCUUUCUUAUGCCCCAAAUUUGACAUUGCCAAUAUGGCCUUCUGCACACGCAGCUAGAGAAGGCAUCUUGAAUAUUUGGAACUUCGCUGACAUUAUUAAGCUAAAUUUGGAAGAAGUUCGGUUCUUGAGUGAAGGUGAUGACCCUUAUGAUGACCAAGUUAUUAUGAACAAACUCUUCCACCCUCAUCUCAAGCUUCUGCUUGUCACUGAAGGACCACGUGGCUGUAGAUACUACACUCGGGACUAUAAAGGUUGGGUUCGUGGAUUUGAAGUGGAAGUAGUUGACACAGAUGGUGCAGAUGAUGCUUUUCUAGCUGGAUUAUUGAGCAUUCUUUCUGCACGCAAAUAUAUUUAUAAGGAUGAGAGAAAGUUGAGGGAAGCUCUUGCAUUUGCAAAUGCAAGUGCUGCUGUCACAAUGACAAGGAGAGAGGCCAUACCUUCACUCCCAACAAAAGAUGCUGUCAUUAGACUUCUGCUCCCAUUUUAAUUUAUGAGCAUAGAAAUUAAAGAAGAACUUGUAUUAAUUAUUAUCAUUUUUAUCAAACUAUACUAUGUGCAGCCCAAAAUCAUCAAAGAUUCAAUUCUUGCCACCAAACUAAGACUUGUUCUAAAAAAAUUAUGGAUAUAACAUGCAUGUUCUUCUAAACUUUUUCCGGCAAAGUAAGAACAUGAGUAUUAAAUUUUUAGUAGUUUAGAGGGAAGCAAUAAAAUUUUCUCUUCCUUUCUCACUAGUCAGCCACAUCUUGAUUUGAACUUGCGGCUUUGCCUAUUUAUUUUUUUAUAGAUAUUCAAGAAAACAUUUUUUUCUUCUAGUAUUAUUGUUUUUCAAGAGGGUGGCUACUGGCUAUCCCCCAUUUAAGAAUAGAUACAUGUCACAAUAUAAAUGGAAUUGUUAAUCUAAUUUUAGUAUUAAUUAUUAAAAUAAAUAUAUUUUACCCAGUACAUAGAUAUUUUACUUUUUAUCACUAGAUCUAUUAUCAUUAAUUAGAAUAUAUACA